AUGGCGAUCUUGAGGAGGAGUUUAUAUGCGUUUUCCACCAGGUUUUACGCACCCGGAGGCGAUAAAAGUGUGUCAUCUGCGGAAGUCUCUCUACGGGCUGCGACAGGCACCGCGGUGUUGUUUGCCAAGCUGGCUGCGGCUCUGGUUCAAUAUGGAUUUCAGCAAUCUGGCUCAGACUAUUCUUUGUUCACGUUUCGGCGUGGCGAAGUUCAGUUGACCAUUUUGGUCUAUGUGGAUGAUCUAGUGAUAGGUGGACUGAUAGUGAUGCCAUUCAUGCGUUUUAAAACUUACUUGAAUGAUUGUUUCCACAUGAAAGACCUUGGUAAAUUGAAGUACUUCCUUGGUCUUGAAGUAACGCGAAAUUCGACUGGGAUUUUUCUUUGUCAGAGAAAGUAUGCUCUCGAUAUUAUUUCUGAGACCGGUUUGUUAGGUACUAAACCUGCCGGCACACCAAUGGAGCAAAAUCAUCACCUCGCUUUAGCUAAGGACGAGACCCUUCCUGAUCCUAUGCCUUAUCGGCAUCUUAUUGGUCGUCUUAUCUACCUGACGAUUACUCGCCCUGAAUCGUCUUACUGUGUAUAUAUCUUGGCACAAUUUCUGUAG